AUGGACUACCUGUGCAAGCGUGCCAUCCUGACCCCCAAGAAUGACAAGGCUGCUGACAUUAAUGAAACUCUACUGAAGUCUUUCGAAGGGGCAGAAAUGGAGGGCAGAUCUGUGGACUCCGUAGUGCAAACAGAUGACGUGGUCCACUAUCCUAUGGAGUUCCUCAGCACCCUCAACCCUCCUGGUUUCCCAGCCCACAAGCUUCUCCUCAAAGUGGGGGCUCCAGUUAUGCUGCUGCACAGCCUCAACCCACCCAAGCUCUGCAGUGGCACCAGACUCCGAGUGAAGGCCCUCCACCACAGGAAUGUCAUCGAGGCCACGUUGCUCACCAGCAAGGGCUAUGGCCAUUGUUCCGCUCCUGCUCUCUCCCCCCUUCCUCCGGGCCUGAUUAAUCCCAACCACCGCAGCGUUGAAAAAAGGGACGGCGAAAUGGCCGAGAUGGGCAAAGGAGUCACUGCGGGGAAAAUCGCCAGCAAUAUGCAGAAGAAGCUCACCAGGGCGCAGGAGAAGGUCCUUCAGAAGCUUGGCAAAGCUGACGAGACAAAAGAUGAGCAAUUUGAGCAGUGCGUGCAAAACUUCAACAAACAGCUGUUUGAAGGCUCCAAGCUGCAGAAGGAUCUCCGGACAUACUUGGCGUCAGUAAAAGCAAUGCAUGAGGCUUCCAAGAAACUGACUGAAUGUUUGCAAGAAGUGUAUGAGCCCGAAUGGCCUGGCAGAGAGGAAACUAACAAAAUAGCAGAGAACAAUGACCUGCUGUGGACAGACUUUCAUCAGAAGCUGGUGGAUCAGGCACUGCUAACUAUGGACACCUACCUCGGCCAGUUCCCUGACAUAAAA